GAUAGCGCUUUGCUCCGAGUAUGUUACGCAGCACCAGCGUGAGCAGCGAUGAGCAUGAGAUGCGGUUAGCUGACUUCCUCUGUCUUGGAGGAAGCACACGUUCCUUGAUUGGUAGCUGACGUACGAUAGGGGAGAGCCGACAGGUGGGCGGGAAUUGGCAGGGAAUUGGGGAUAAAACUUUAGUGUUUUUCAUUUUUGGUGAUUUCAUGAGCACCUGUCUGUUCAAACAGGAAGUGAAGCGAAGGAACACGAGCGUGAAAUGGGACUUAAUGUGGAAUCAGAUUCAGUGGAGAGUAAAAGUGAUGAGAGAGAGAGAGAGAGAAUGAAUAUGAGACAGAAGUACAGGGAGAGAAAGAAAAACAGACAGAAAGACAGACUCAGAGUAAGCCAGGAAAAGAAGAACAGAUACACAGAGCAAGAGAGAGAGACAGACAGCAAAAGAGUGAGAAAGAGAGAAACAGAGUAACAACAAAAAAAACAGACAGAGAGCAAGAAAAACAGGGAGAGAGACAGAGUGAUAGAGAGAACACAGCUAAAAAGACAGAUGUAGUGUGUGUGUGUGUGUUAGAGAGAGAGAGAGAGAGAGAGAGAGAGAGAGAAAGAGAGAGAGUGCAAUCAAAAUUCUGGGAGAGACAUAGAGAGAGAGACAGAGAAAGAGGGAGGGCAUCGUCGUUAUUCUUAUAAUGAGUUGAACUGUCACAUAUAAUAUUAACAUGUACGCUAACGUCUCGCCGUUUGGGAUUCUGACCCGAGGAGAUUUCCACACUGUGUUUAAAAGCACUGGACAGGAAGAACGUUCUAGAAAGAGCUCGGAGACGGCCGAGGGGAACUCAGAAGAUGCUGAAGAUGCGAGGGAGGAGCGUAGCUGUUGUCAAAAAUCCUCUUUAAAGUUUUAAACACUAACUUUUUUUUUUUAUCUUUAUAAAGAUUAUGGUGUUAGAAUGGAAUGACGUGAUGUCUCAGAUCAGCUCAUGCAGAAAUCUGGAGCGUUUCCUAAGCUAGCUCAUUAGUAAAGCAGCAAAGCAAAGCAAAGCGAAGCAAAGGUGGCUGUUCUAAUACAUUUUGUAAUUGCAGUUCAUAUGAAAUAAUGAAUUCAGGUCUAUCGGGUUGGUACAUAAACAAGCCGCAGUUAAUCCGGAAUGUUUCCGGAGUCUUUACUGGAACCGUAAGAUCUGAUCACAUCGCCGCACACUACACUAACUCCCACAGAAAUCUCUCAUAAUGACAUAUAAAACACUAAUAAUGACCAGUAUCGCAUUAAAUGAUCUCUACUGUUAUUAUUAGUACAUUAUUCUAGGUACUAAUAAAGAGCCUGCACCUCUUGAUCGAAGCAGGCGUGGCUACUGUGCUCGGGUACUGUGUGAAUCGAAUGAUCCUUUUCAAGAUCUGCCAUUUGGGAGAUGUCCGUCAUCAGGGUUCCUGUCUGUUUGGUUUUUUUUGUUUGUUUUGUUUUUUUAAAUUGUUAUCUAAUUCUAAAUCUCUCUCUUUCUCCGUUUCGGAUUCUUCCAGGCUCACUUUCGGCAGGGAGGUGAAAUCUCAGAACGGCAGACCUAAGCCCAUGUCACCGUCUGACUUUCUGGACAAGCUGAUGGGAAAGACGUCAGGCUACGACGCUCGCAUCAGGCCCAACUUUAAAGGGCCUCCUGUCAACGUCACCUGCAACAUCUUCAUCAACAGCUUUGGCUCUGUCACAGAGACAACUAUGGACUACCGCUUGAACGUGUUCCUCCGGCAGCAGUGGAACGAUCCUCGCCUGGCGUACAAGGAGUACCCCGACGACUCGCUCGAUCUGGACCCAUCCAUGCUGGACUCCAUCUGGAAACCCGACCUGUUCUUCGCUAACGAGAAAGGCGCCAACUUCCACGAGGUCACCACCGACAACAAGCUGCUAAGGAUCUUUCAGAACGGGAACGUCCUCUACAGCAUCCGGCUGACUCUGAUCCUGUCCUGUCCCAUGGAUCUGAAGAACUUCCCCAUGGACAUCCAGACCUGCACCAUGCAGCUAGAGAGCUUCGGCUACACCAUGAACGAUCUGAUUUUCCAGUGGCUGGAUAAAGGUCCUGUGCAGGUAGCUGAUGAUUUAACGAUGCCUCAAUUCGUUCUGAAAGAGGAGAAGGACCUGGGAUACUGCACCAAGCACUACAACACCGGUAAGUUCACCUGCAUUGAGGUGAAGUUCCACCUGCAGAGGCAGAUGGGAUAUUAUCUGAUCCAGAUGUACAUUCCCAGCCUGCUGACGGUCAUCCUGUCCUGGGUUUCAUUCUGGAUCAACAUGGACGCCGCGCCGGCUCGAGUCGGCCUCGGCAUCACCACCGUCCUCACCAUGACGACGCAGAGCUCCGGCUCCAGGGCCUCGCUGCCCAAGGUGUCCUAUGUGAAGGCGAUAGAUAUCUGGAUGGCGGUGUGUUUGCUGUUCGUCUUCGCUGCGUUGUUGGAGUACGCCGCUGUGAACUUCGUCUCUCGGCAACACAAAGAGCUCUUCAGACUCAGGAGGCGACUGCAGGAAGAGCGGCGUCAAAGAGCCGCUUCAGGUCAGUUUGGUGGAGCUGAGACGAAAAGCAAGAGCAAUGAUGUUACAGGCAGCACAACAUCCUACAAGAACACAAAACACUGCAGUGCUUGUGCACAGGAGUCAGCUCAACACAACGAGGAUUUCUUCUUGUCCAGUUUCGGUUUGGACGUCCACCUGUCCGGAGAUGGUCCCCUCUCCGAGGCAGCGGCCAUAUUCGCCUCUCUUCCUCCAGACCACUCGCUGUUCCAGAUCCGCCGCCGGUUUAUCGACCGCGCCAAACGGAUCGACACCGUCUCGCGCGCGCUCUUCCCCCUCAGCUUUCUCGUCUUCAACGUCUUCUACUGGCUCACAUACAAAGUGCUGCGCAAUGAGGAUCUGCACACCGUCCUGUGAACAGGCAGCACCGCACCGCCAUCGUGGCUUCACUGGGAGGAAGUGUGGAAAAUCUCAUGGAAAUUAACAGGAACAGACUUAUAGGAGCAUCUUGUUUGGGUCUCAUGUCACUUUCUGUAGCUUAUCUUUACCGCAUAACCUUCCUGCCCGAUCCCUAACCUUACGCACUUACCACACUAUCAGGUGACGAGUCGUUCAUGUCGCUUGUGCUUGC